AUGGCCGGAGAUGGCGGCGCUCUGAAGGAUAUCAAUGAGAUUAAAUCCCAGUUCCGGACCAGGGAGGGGUUCUACAAGCUGCUCACCCUCUCGGACUCUCAGCAGCGGGGGGGAGGCCUGCCGCGGGGUCCGUCCUCCGGAGCCACGCUGGGCCCGGGGGCCGGACCCGGGCCGAUACCGGGCGGUGGAGGGGUCGGGCUGCUGCAGGGGCCCGGGGCCGCCUCCUCGUCCUCCUCCUCCUCCUCCAACGCCGCAGCCCAGUCCUCCUCCUCCUCCUCCUCUCCUGCGGGCUUCCUGCCCCCGGUCCGGGUCUCCAUGGUCAAACUGCAGCCCGAGGAUCCGGGUGAGGACUCGGAGCGGGUCUGCUUCAACAUCGGGAGGGAGCUCUACUUCUACACCUACACCAACAUCAAGAAGGUGGGUCAGCCCGGCUCGGGUUCUGCUGCAGGUCCGGGCUCUGUGGGCCGGACCAGAGACCCUCCAUCAGAGGGGAGGGGAGGGGGGUCAGAGUUAGCUUAGCAUGUAGCCGCUAACGUUAAUGUCAGAGUGUUAGCUUCAUGUCUCUGAGCAGACCCCCCCACACCUACAAUAGGGGAGAGCGGGUUAAGAUGAUCCGUGUUUCCGGAUCAGUCCAUCAGGUCAGUCCUAGUUUAGUCUCGUGUCUCUGCAGAUAUUUCAGGAAGUUCUUCUUCAUCAGAAUGAGAGUAAACAGAACUGUCAUCUUCAGAGGAGAGCAGGACAACAACAGGGUCUCCUAUGGUCAACUUACCCCGGGUAUGGGGGGGAAGUUGACCAUAGGAGCGGGGUAAGUUGAGCCGUAUCCCUCACCUUCUCUCCCCCUAAAUAACAGUUACUUCUUCACAUUCAUGUGUUUUUUUAUCUAUUAUAGAUCGAUAGACUUUAUUGAUCCCAAACUGGGAAAUUCUCUCGUUUCAGCAGCAAAAAAUACAAAAUAAAAUUAAGUUUAAGACGAAGUUAGUACAGUGCAGACUAAAAAUAUUAAAAAUACACAAUAAAUACAGACUAAAUAUACUUCACUAAACAUCCUCAGAGAAAAAGUAAUAAAUAUGAAAUGUGAAAUAUACAGACGGGAUGAUAAAUGAACAGACAAUUUAAGGUGCCAGUUAUUAUACUCUAUUUAACUGGAACAACUGUUCUGUUUAUUAUUAUUAUUAUAUAUAACUGAUAAAAAAACAACAUUAGAACAUGAGAAUGUCUUUAAAUGAUUGAGAACCUUCACUGACUCCAUGAACUGAUGACCAUCUCCGUAAGAUUUGGUCACAUGGGUUUGGGUUCAUCUUACCCCGGUCUCCCCUAUGCUCCAGCUUAUAAGUGAUAAUGAAUCUAGGAGGUGAUGGAGCAUCAUGAUGGAUGAUGGAGCAGAAGGAUGCUCAGAGUCCGAGGAGGUUUCAGGGGGGACCAGCCUGCUCCUCAUUGAUUCUCAACAAUAAUAAUAAUGAUGAUAAUAAUAAUAAUAAUAAUAAUAUGAAUGAUUAUAGUGUAUGAGCCGUUUUAUCUCUAUUAUUUUGGGUUUUGUUUUGUUACUCGUACAAUCACCACAAAGGGCGCCUCAGGUGAAGCAGUGGUCUGAGCUCACGGUUUUUACUGCUAAUCUCCGACACCGCUCUCCCCCUCAUCACCAACAUCACCUGUCUGUCCUUUUUUAUUUUUCAUUUAAUCAAUAAAUGGCAAAAAUAUAACUGAACAACAACCUUGGAUUGGACUAGAAGUGCGUCAAAAACAUGUCACUCCCAGACAGUGACUAAAAUUCAGGUCAGCAUCGUCACUACAAAUAAUAAUAAUAAUAAUAAUAAUAAUAAUAAUAUUAAUGAUAAUAAUGCUAAUAAUAAUUAUAAUAAUAAUAAUAAUGAUAACAAUAAUAAUAAUAAUAAUAAUAAUAAUAAUAAUAAUAAUAAUAAAAAUAUUAAUGAUAAUAAUAAUAAUAAUAAUAGUAAUAACAACAAUAAUAGAAGUAGGCAGACAUCAUUAGACGGUUGUGUGAUCAGUGCCUGUCAGCUGUUUGAUCUUCCUCUGAGGUCUAAACUGGAUCAGAUUUUUUUCUGCUGAGGAGACCUGAACCUCUCACAGCUUCUUUAACACGGCGCCACCUGCUGGCCUCCUAAUGAAGAAUACUAAUCACCUAUUAAGAAAGAAUAGGAGGACACAGAGGAGCUGCUCCUCCUUGUCUCCUGACAUUUUUUAUAAGUACAGUCCGUGUCCCACUGAAGAAACGUCUUUAUUCAUCAAACUUUAUCUGUUUCAUCAGGACUAAACUGUGUCAGCAGGAUCAUUUCUUCAUGGAAAUACAAUCAGACCGAGACGCUAAGACAGAAGAACUACAGCGUCUGUAAAAUGAUUAAUAUGGUGAUUAUUACUUCAAGGAAAUGAUGAAGAAAUGAUCAUAAAUGUUCCUCCUUGAGCUGCGGCACCCCGCUGUAGUCUGUAAUGGACAGUAGGUGAGUUAUGUUUAGAUGAAGAUGAUGAAGUUAGGUGCUGUUCUGAGCAUUAUUUGUGGCUAUAGAGUGGCGUUUUGGUUGGGGGCGUGGCUCUCUGUAUUUCUAUCCUGCGGUCGUUACUAAAGUUGGUAUAACUAGAGAAGGAAGCGGUCGACAACAUUCAUCUCUGGAGGGGGCGGGGUCUAACUCGGGGUUACGGUGGGUUUGACCCUGAAUUAAUUUUACGCUGAAUUAUCCCUUUAAGGGACCAGGAAAGCCUCUGAACCUCCAUCCAUCUCUGAUCUCUCUGUCUGCAGGCGGUGGACCUCAGCAAGCCCAUAGACAAGAGGAUCUACAAGGGGACUCAGCCCACGUGUCACGACUUUAACCAGUACUCGGCCACAGCGGAGAGCGUCGCUCUCAUCGUGGGUUUUUCAGCGGGUCAGGUCCAGUACCUGGACCCCAUCAAGAAGGAAACCAGUAAACUCUUCAAUGAGGAGGUAUCUGACCCGUUUCCUUAACGUCUGCUCCACUGCAUGAGGAGCCAUCCAUCACUCUGCCAUCGAUUUCUUUGGCCUGCUUGGGCCUCGAACCUGCGUCACCAACCCGGUCCUCCUCUAAGGAGAACCAAUCAGAAUCAGGAGAUUCCUGAUGUGUGUGUGUGUGUGUGUGUGUGUGUGUGUGUGUCAUGUCCUCCCUCCUUGUUUUCUUGUUUUUGUCUCCUUCCUCCUUGUUGUUGUCUCCUUCCUCCUUGUUUUGUCUCCUUCCUCCUUGUUUUUGUCUCUUGCCUCCUUGUUGUUGUCUCCUUCCUCCUUGUUUUCGUCUCCUCCCCUCCUUGUUUAUGUCUCCUUCCUCCUUGUUUAUGUCUCCUUCCUCCUUGUUUCGUCUCCUUCCUUCUUGUUUUCAUCUCCUUCCUCUUGUUUUCAUCUUCUGCCUCCUUGUUGUUGUCUCCUCCCCUCCUUGUUUAUGUCUCCUUCCUCCUUGUUUCGUCUCCUUCCUUCUUGUUUCGUCUCCUUCCUUCUUGUUUCGUCUCCUUCCUUCUUGUUUUCAUCUCCUUCCUCCUUGUUUUCAUCUUCUGCCUCCUUGUUGUUGUCUCCUUCCCCCUUGUUUCCUCUCUGUUUGUCCCGGCCCGUCCCUCUUUGGACCACUUCAGAACCUCAUGUGUCCUCUCUGCAUGCUCACUUUAAUUGGUUCUUUUGGACCGGGUCACUGGGUCGUGUCCAAAUCGAAUCGGAACCAAGUCUUGAAGAAUUGUCUCAUAUUUUGACCGUCACUAUUUUUGCUUCCUUCUAUCCACCCUUGUUCCCUUUCCUCAAACCCUCCCCUCCUUCUUUGCUUCCUGCUUCACUUCCUCUCUCCUUCCACUUCCUGUUUCACAGAGGUUGAUAGACAAGUCAAAGGUCACGUGUCUAAAAUGGCUUCCCAAGUCGGAGAACCUGUUCCUGGCCUCCCACGCCAGCGGCCACCUCUACCUCUACAACGUGGACCACCCGUGCGGCACCACGGCGCCGCAGUACUCUUUGCUGCGGCAAGGUGAAGGCUUCGCCGUCUACGCCUGUAAAACAAAGACGCCACGCAAUCCUUUGUUACGAUGGGCCGUGGGCGAGGGCGGCCUAAACGAGUUCGCUUUUUCGCCAGACGGUGUGCAUGUGGCGUGCGUCGGCCAGGACGGCUGCCUGCGUGUCUUCCACUUUGACUCGAUGGAGCUGCAGGGCGUGAUGAAGAGCUACUUCGGCGGCCUUCUUUGUGUGUCGUGGAGUCCUGAUGGGAAAUACCUCGCCACAGGCGGGGAAGAUGACUUAGUUACCGUCUGGUCGUUCGCAGAGAGCCGAGUGGUUGCGAGAGGUCACGGACACAAGUCCUGGGUCAAUGUGGUGGCGUUUGACCCCUUCACGACGUCCCUGGAGGAUGAGGAGCCCAUGGAGCUCAGCGGCAGCGAGGAAGACCUCCACCAGGGGGCACCAAACAACUCCAUGCACUUUGGCCGGGUCAGAACGAGCAGCACGUUGUCGCGUCUUUCUCGGCACAGCUCUAAAGGCGGCGGCUCGGCGUCGGUCACGUACCGGUUCGGCUCGGUGGGUCAGGACACGCAGUUCUGUCUGUGGGAUUUGACUGACGAUGUGUUGUACCCCCGCCUCCCGCUGACCCGGGCCUUUACUAACACUUUUGGGCCCUCGCUGUCCAACUCUGGCAGCGUGACGGUCAACAGCACCUCAGGCGGGGGCGGUAACGGGGGCGUUGAGGGGCACCAUCACCCACCGAACACGAACACCGGCACUUCCAACCCGCCAACGCUCCCCCUGCCUCUCCCUCGCUCUCUUUCCCGCUCCAACUCUCUGCCCCACCCUGCCGUGGCGAACGCCUCGAAGAGCCAGGGCACGACGGAGGGCGGCGGGGGAGGAGGGGGAGGGGGAGGGAGCAGCAGCGGAGGGAACAGCACUCCGUUUAGCAUCGGCCGCUUCGCCACGCUGUCUCUCCAAGAGCGCAAGUCGGACAAGUCCGGCUGCGGCAGCGGCGUGGAGAAGGAGCACAAGCGGUACCACAGCUUGGGCAACAUCAGCAAAAGCAACGACAAGAUCAACGUGGCGCCCAGGAGCAACCGGCUGGACGCCGCCAAGGUCCUGGGGACCACGCUGUGCCCACGCAUGCACGAGGUGCCGCUGCUGGAGCCGCUGGUGUGCAAGAAGAUCGCACAUGAGCGUCUGACCGUCCUGGUCUUCAUGGAUGACUGCAUCAUCACCGCCUGCCAAGAGGGUCUGAUCUGCACCUGGGCGCGACCCGGGAAGGCGGUACGUCUACAGACUCUCUAUUGUUACUAAAGCUAAUGAUUUAGACACCAACGAAGAAGAAGUCAGGCAGGUUCAGGAAGUUCUCAGCUGGAAGUUAGAGCUUCAGUCAGGAACUUUAGGUUUACACCAGGGCUGCACGAUAUAUCGUUUGAGCGUCGUCAUGGCGAUGUACAUGUGCGAGAUAGUCACAUGUCAGAGCCUGCGAUGUCGGAGGCGAAUAAACUCGUCUAAUUUUAAGAGGCGCUGACUGACAUACACUUCCUGUGACUCUGCAUGGUCAGUGCAUCGAUCCACCAAUCACAUUCGGUCUUUACUCAGUUACCAAUCAGACUACCCUGCCAGCUGUCAAUCAAAAUCAGAGAGGAGGAAACCACGCCCCUGCACAUGGAGGGAGUCGCUGGCGCUGCCGGUGUUGUUCCGAGAAAUGCAGAGAAUGACUUUGUGAACCUUCCUCAUCGCUGUUUAUCCCACAAAGAAGAACUGUGUGGGUUUAAGUCGUACAUUUCCGUGGACCACUCGACUAUAAGAGGCGUUUCUGUGAGGUGGAUGAAGUCCUCGGCGGACAUGCGUUUCUCGGUUCAACACCGGUAACAACAACAACAACGAUUGUAAAAUGAGAAACGAACAGAGAAAACCACGGAAGAUGAAAACGUGUUUCAGUUCUAAGAAGGAUGAUGUCGACUAAAACACGUGUUCUGUGUUCAUCUGUUUCCACGGUAACGUCCAGAACAAUAAAAACUAAGACAGACAGAAGACAGUCUACUAACAUUGACUAAAGAGGGAAGAUCAGAGCAGGUUAACUGUCCUCAAGACUUCAGCAGAAACUCAGAUUCAGACCGUCUGAGGAGGAAAAUUCAUCGAUCUUUAACGUCCUGAUAAAAAUCAGAGCAGGGUCAGAAAACAGUGUUCGUUUUUUCCGAUAUCUCGCCGCCUUAGUUUACACAGAUGGAGAUGUUUCAUGUGUGCUCCUCAGCUUUGACCCUGAUCUCUGUGGACCAGGUUUCCUCUGGUGUCUAACUCUCCGUUUUGUCUCUCUCUCUCCUCCGUUCAGACCCUGACAGCACAGAACGGGAACUCUCCGAGCGGCACGGUGGUAUAG